AUACAUUAUAAUGCCGCCUUCAGUGAAAUUCCAUCCUGGAUUAGUGGUGGUGUGGCAUUGUCUCUUGUGGUCUUUGCUCAGAAUGUUCUUUCCGUCGUUUGUUUUUCACAAUACUAUUUUAUUUUAAUGGUAAAAGUUUUACCAAUUUGUUGUGAAGGUUUUGUCCUUUAAAGGAGGCUGCACUAUGCUGAGAUAUGUAAUUGAGAAUGCAAGCCUUUCAUGGCAGUUCUCAGAGCUUUGUAAGUUGCCUGCAGGGUGUGAACCACAGCCACUGUUGACACAAUAGUACGAGGCAAGCCCCUAUUACCUCAGGAGGAGCCUUGUCAGUGAAUCCAUCAACUCAGACUCAUUAUCCCGGAUAUUAUCUCAACGUUACUGAUCUAAACUGACAGAUGAAUGCCUUGCACUCUGCCACCUCAGCCUAACCCACAUAGUGACGGUUUGUACCACUACAAUCAGAGGGCUCUGGUGGGUUGGUGGUUGGUUACAUUCUGGCAUCGGCCUCAGCUGCCCUCCCCAACAUCUGAGGGGUGGGAAGUAAAUUUGCCCCCCUCAACCUAUUUCCCCAGACAAUGGGACUCGUUGUUCUCACACACCCCUGGCCUGCCCCGUUCACCUCCUCUCCCAAACGGAGCUUUUGACCGUGUGCCCAGAAACGUGACCUGGCCAUCCGGCAAGAGUUGAUCCACCCCACUGGCCUGAUUUUGUAUUUUAAAAUUGCCGUGACACAGCAUAUAGACCUCGGUGUAUUAAACAGCUGGGCCCUUAUUUGGUUCCACCCCCCCAUCGGCAGUAAAACCCUGCUGGGCUGGAGAGAGCUAUGCAGUGGGAGGGAGUCUACUGCCCCUGUGUGGAUGACUGCUUACAAUGCACCUUCAGAUAGUCACUCAAGUCCAUAUUACAGGAGCUUCAAGAUGUGAUGUUUCUGUGUGCCGUUUUAUAUUCAAAUAAGGACUAAGUGAAUGCUGUUUUUGGCAUUGAAACUAGUACACAGGUGUUAUCCUGUGCGUGUGUCUCCAUUUCAGGGGGACCUCCGGAGCUACCUGUCUCAGCAGGAUUGGAUGUUCCGAAAUGCUGAGCUGCUGCAGCUGCAGAAGAUGGCCUGUGAAAUUGCUGCUGGCGUCACCCACCUCCACAAACACAACUUCCUGCACAGUGACUUAGCCCUGAGGAACUGCUAUCUGACUGCAGACCUGACGGUCAGAGUGGGAGACUAUGGCAUCGGCCCCUACAGAUACAAGGAGGAUUACAUCAUCACGGAGGACGACGAGUCGGCGCCCCUGCGCUGGAUGGCCCCGGAGCUGGUGGGGGAGCGCCAUGGGGGCGUGAUCACCCUGGACCAGACCAAGCCUGGCAAUGUGUGGGCCUUGGGGGUGACUCUGUGGGAGCUGUUUGAGAACGCAGCCCAGCCCUACCCUCACCUGUCUGACCGCGAGGUCCUGAACCACGUCAUCAGGGAACAGCAGAUCAAACUGUUGAAACCACAGCUGGAGCUGCCCUACUCUGACAGAUGGUAUGAGGUGCUACAGUUCUGCUGGCUAACUCCAGACAAGCGGGCCACGGCCGAGGAGAUCCACCGGCUGCUCACCUACCUGCGUAUGCAGGGCCAGAAGGAUGUAGAGGACGACUUCCAGCAGCGCUGGGACUCCCUCAAACCCAACCCUGUCACGCGCCAGACCACCGUCAGCCACUCCUCCUACCCCAUUCUGGAGCAGUUCGCAGAUGAUGCCCUGCGGGCCGAGGUGGACGAGGUGCUCACCGUCACUGAGACCAGCCGUGGCCUGAGCUUCGAGUAUGUGUGGGAAGCGGCCAAGCAUGACCAUUACGACAGCAGCAGUGGCCAUGGACGCUCGGCUAUGAACACCACGCUCAACUACCACAGCAUGUUCUUCCCCGUGCCCAGCGAGGACAUUCAGGCCCACUUUCCAGACCCCGCAGCCCCCAGGACGGGGGGCUCCGACAGCAGGAACACCCAUUCAGCAAUCCCUGGGAUUCUUCCCGUGUUUGACGCUCACAAACCAGCCAAUGGAAACGAGUACUACAUCCAGUUGGAGGAGCAGGGGGAGAGCACCGUGGAGGCGAAAGAGAACAGGGGUCCGGAGGUAGACACAGUUUCAGACGGGCAGAAAUUUGUCACCCUUCAAGACGUCCGCUUGGACGAGUCCAGCACCGAUGCAGACUUCUUCCACCACAGCAUAGACUCCAAGGACUCGUACCUCCAGGACAGCCACAUCUGGUCGUCCAGUGAGCAUGACAGCCCCUACCACACCAACAUCUUCAGUGAGGGAGACUCCAGACAGGACUCCCAUUCCUGGAACAGGGGCUUCAUGGAGCUUCCAGAACUCAACGGAAAUGGUUUUCAGAGAGUGGAGUCUGUAGAGGGGCAGACCCAGGGAACAGAAAAGUCAUUUCGGAAUUCUUUUUUAGGGGAGCGCCAUUCAGAGGUCAUCCUCCAGGACUCUUUAGAGGAGGCAGAGGGGGAGGGAACCCCGGAUGUGAUGAGGCUACUGAACACUGAGAAACUAGCGGACAACUUCAUGUUCCUCAAAGAGAAGAGCCUGAUGAAGGAGGGCUCUGGUUUAUCAGGGAAAAGUAGUGGGAGUCAACAACUGGACUUCCUCCAACCUGGUCUGACCCACAUCCCCGAGCACAGUUUCAGAAUGAACUCUUGGGAUGAUGAUGAUGAUGAGACCAUAGAUGGCAUAAACGUAGCAGAGAUCCCCAUAAAACCUGUGGAGAGCAACAUGUCCCCAGCAGAGGAGGAACUUUUUGACUUUAUGAGUCCCAGUUUUGUGGAUUUCCUGCAACCUCUAGCAGACCCUAAAACACUGGUGCCUUCAAAUACACUGGUAACAGAGGACAUCUGUAGCAACCAGCUGCCAAUUAGAGGACUGCUGCAGCAGUCCUCUAAUAUGAGGAUGGACUCUGCCUCUGAGAGGGCUGAGGUCCCUGCUAUUAGUUCAGCAAAUAUCCACCAGUCUCCCACACUCCUCUCUGAAAGUGCCACUACAGACCCCCUGUGCAUGGAUGCCAAAAACCCCAGCCUUGACUGCCUCGGAGCCUCAGAGGAUGACUGUGUUGAAUCCAAAGGAAUCAAAGAGCCAACAGAUGACCUGCUAAGCUAUGACUCUCCCCCAGUCUAUGUCAGUGAGAUUUCUGUUGACAAUGGCCUGACCAGUGAAGGCUUUACCAGUGAUGAUCUGCUGAGCGACCUGGUUGAAGAUGAUACAGAGGCAGAAAUGGAUACCGUUCUCUCUGAGCAUGAACAUGACAGGUCCUCUCUGCUGGUUUCUGGUCCUUCCAUGGACCAGAUCAGCCAGGACAGCCUAUUGGAGGACAGUGUUUCCACCACUCUGCCCACUGUGGAGAAAUCAGCUGAGACACUAGAUUCCCUGGACAACAGCCACAGGCUGGAGGGGUCUGUUGAAGAGCUAAACACCCCGGCAGCCCCUCACAAGCUCCAGCCCCCGUACAAAACAGCCGACAGCGGCUACGAGACAGAGAACCUGGAGUCUCCAGAGUGGAACUCUCAGCCCAUCAUCAAAGACCACUUCUCAGAGGAAAACGGUCUGAGUUUGGCCGAGGAAGAGGAGGAGGAGCCAGCAGCUGCUACCAUGCUGGUUCCCCCCGAAAUCAUCGUCUCGGAGGUGGAGAGUGUGAUGGAUGCUCAGGACGGUGAGGACCAGCAGGCAGAGCCCAUCGCCCCUGGCGAGGAAUAUUUCACGGGAGGCAACUACAGAGACUCUGCUUACUUCUCCGACAACGAGUCCGAGCCCGAGAAGAAGUCUGAAGAAGCCAACUCGGCAACUGUGGACAUCAGUGGCGGUGUUUCUGGAGGUCCAUCUGUUCUUCCUGAAGUCACAGAGGAGGAUCAUGUAGAGUCUUCUGCUGGGUCACAGUCUCCCAUUGCUCGAGAAGCUCUGGUUGAUAUUGGAGUGGAGAAGACCAAGCCUCAGCUCCUGGAAGGGACCAGUCUCCCUGUGCUGAUCCUCACCACAGAGGAGGACUGGGAGAAGACGUCACCUGUGUCCAUCGACGGCAGUGUGGACGAAACCAGGACACUGGAGUUCUUCCCUGACUUCAGGACUCACAGUCACUCUGAGUCCAGCGGAACUUCCACCGAGGACCUGGAAAAGCCUCCAUUGCCUGCUGUUGCUACCUCAGCAAAACCUUUUCCUGAGAACAUACCGGUCCACGCUAAGCUAACCAGGACCUACGCCAGCGAGAUCACCCCCAAGUUGAAGGAGCCCGACAUGGAGGGGAGGUACCUGGGCAGGCGCGACGGCUCUGAUGAGAAUGGGCAGGAGGACGGAGGGGAGGCGGACGAAGAGGACGAUAACAGCGAUGACUCGGAUGAUGACAUGCGGGCGUACCGGCUGCACAGCUCCAGCGAGGACAGCGAGGACGACACGGUGCACCCGGUUCCCGUUAUAGUCUCGGAUGACAGUAGAGCGCGGAACCUCAAGAGCCUGCUGAAGCCCACGUCGCUGAAUGUCACCCCCAGCGCCAAACCCUCCAUGCCAUCAGGGGGCAGCGAUUCAGACAGUGCCAGUAGAGCAGUGUCGUUUUUCGACGAUGUCACUGUUUUCCUUUUCGACCAAGAGACCCCCACCAAGGAGCUGGGAGACCAUUCGUCAGGUUCCAACAGCCAGGUGUCCGAGUUCAGCAGCCCUGUGCCCACGGCCAGCUACCUGAAUAGGUUCACCAACUCCACAGAUGAAGAAGGCGGUGGGUUUGAAUGGGAUGACGACUUCUCGUCCCCGGAGCCCUCGGCGUUCCUCUCCAAGGCAGCUACGGACCUGGCCGUGUCUAAAACCAUGUCCCCUUCGUCUACGGCCUCUCACUACUUCUCCCCUCCCGGGGGCCGCGCCCCGGAGCCCAGCUGGAGCAGCUCCAGCUCCAACUACUCCCGCUUCUCCAUCUCCCCGGCCAACAUCGCCAGCUUCUCCCUCACACACCUCACUGACUCAGACACCGAACAAGGAGGAAGCAGUGAAGAAGGAGAUAAAGACUAAGGUGCAUGUGGAAGGGACUGUUUCCCCCCCCACUUCUGAGGGGAAUGGACCCAGAGCCUCGUACAAUGUCAGGUGAAUGUAGGAGAGCUCAACAUGCAGGCUAAAGAUGGACGGAUGAUGACACUGUUAUGAAGGCCGUGGAUGCUUCUCUUCUCAGGCAGAACUGCCCCCCCAUCAUCAUAUGAAUAGAACUAGAAACAGACUGAGCUAGAGGCUCCGACAGCCACAACGCCCUCAACAAAAUCCCCUUCCUUCCACCAAAAGCCUCUUAGCAAAUAAACAGUUGAGGCUCAGUCAGUCGUCUGAGCCUUGUUCUCUCCCCCCCCCCAUCAGUGCAAUGCAGCAGGAAGAACA